ACGGAAUAAUGCUUGAAAAGGACGAUCAACAUUCUAAUAUUUUUUACCCCUUUGGUCCGCCUGCAGUCCCAGCUAUUUAUCUGACUGAACAGCAGCUGGUUUCUCUGGAGGAGAAUGGGAAGCAUUGUUGCGACUGCGCAAACGGCAAUUGUAAGCAAUUGGGCUCUAUAUUUGUAAAAAGGUUACUUAAAGGACUCUUAUAAGCACAGCUUGUGCAUCGGAGCAAUUGCUGCUUAUUGUUGAUUGUGCGGUUACAGGACUCCAAAAGGGACAAACUGCGCCUCUGGCACCAUCCCCUCUGAGUGAACCAAGGUCGGUCACUGGAAAAAGAUUUGGCACAACAUGGUGGAGCCGGUGGGUUUCAUUGAAGCGUGGAAGGCGCAGUUCCCUGAGUCAGAGCCCCCCAAGAUGGAGUUGAGGUCUGUUGGUGGCAUUGAGCAGGAGUUGGAGAGGUGUAAAGCUUCUAUUCGAAGACUAGAACAAGAGGUGAAUAAGGAGCGCUUCCGCAUGAUCUACCUGCAGACUCUUCUAGCAAAGGAACGAAAGAGUUAUGACAAGCAGCGAUGGGGCUUUCGGAAGACCCCUGUGGGAGAGGGCAUGGACACAGCUUCUAACCAAGGAGCAGAAUGCCAGUCCCAGCAGCCACAUGUGCAGGAGACUGGGGUAGUAGGGAUGGGUGUAGGAGGAGGGGGCUACAGCACUGUGGGACCAAUGGAGAGGAGCCGUUUUCAGCCUGUAGGUGAUGGAACUGGUAGGAACAAACCUCGCCCCCCACCAGCCAGAAAAUCAGCAUCUCAUGGAGACGGACUAGAGUCUGCUUUUGACGUGCCCACACAGGUUGAAUCCACCUCUUGUGACAACCUAGAUGGGCUUUCUCCAUCCAAACAGAGAGGUGGCAUCACUGUCUCCCCAAGAAGACCGGUGCUCCCACCUCCUGAUAAGGAACUACCCACAGACCCUAAGGACAAGAUGGGCAUGGGGAUGGGAGUCGCAGCACUUAGAUCUAAUUUUGAGCGAAUCAAACGGGCCAAUUCUCAUUCUGCUGGUGAUGUAGCAAAAAUUCAGGACAAACCACCUCCACCUCCUCCUCCAUUUUAUUCCAACCUAGAGUUCCAUCAUGACAGGGGCCUGGUAAGGGUCAAUGAGCGUGAGGUGUCCGACAAGAUUAGUUCAUUGGGCACCCAAGCACUACAGAUGGAGAGGAAAAGGUCCUUACACUCCCUCCCAGGUAACUUAGCAACUGCAGCUGGAGAUCUUCGUCCCAGACCGGUUUAUAGGGGGCGGUCUACAGAGAGUACCUGUGGAUAUGAUGCAGAGGGUGAGGAUGGAGAACCCACGCCGAGACAUUUAGGAAGAGCCAAUGGAGGUAAACCUCCACCCCCUCCCUGGCAGCCCUCAGAUUUUCAGGCCUACUCUAGUGUCUAUGUUGGAGGGGUGAUGAUGGGCGAAGGAGGGAGUGAUGGCAGAGGCGGCGGGAGUGGAGUUCCUAUGAGGGACCAAAGUACUCAAGACGACCACCUGCUCACCUGGCCGCGUCGAUCCUACUCCCCCGGAAGCUUUGAGGAUGUGGGAGGAGGUGGGGGCUACACUCCUGACUGCAGCUCCAAUGAGAACCUAACGUCCAGUGAGGAAGACUUCUCCUCGGGCCAGUCCAGCCAUGUGUCCCCCAGCCCCACCACAGCCUUCCGCCGGCCCUUCAGGGAAAAAAGCCGGUCGCCUUCGCAAAACUCACAGAAUUCCCAGCACUCCUUCGACAGCAGCAGCCCGCCAACGCCACAGUCUCAAAAGAGACACCACCACCGCCAACAUGGAGGCCCCGUGGUCAUGUCUGAAGCAACUAUCGUCAGCGUUCGCAAGACGGGACAAAUCUGGCCCCCUCCCUCCCACCAUGACCUCAUGCCCCAUGGAAGAGCUUCGCAUGACAACAGUUUCCAUGGAGACCAUCUAGAUGGUCACUACACGUCGACCCCUCCCUCAUAUGGAUAUGACGCAGACCGAGCGGAGGAGCAGAGGAGGCACCAUGACAUCCUGCCCUUCAUCGACGACUCCCCCUCCUCUUCACCUCACCUCAGCUCCAAGAGUCGAAGCAGCCGGGACACGCUGUCUUCUGGCUCUAUGGAGUCCUCCAAGUCGACGGAGUGUGACUUGGAAAAGGGUCUGGAGAUGAGGAAGUGGGUGCUGUCUGGGAUCCUGGCCAGUGAGGAGAUGUACCUAAGCCACCUAGAAGCUCUGCUGUUGCCCAUGAAGCCGCUAAAGGCCGCUGCCACCACCUCUCAGCCGGUCCUCACUGUGGCUCAGAUUGAGACCAUCUUCUUCAAAGUGCCUGAGCUCUAUGAGAUCCACAAGGAGUUCUAUGACGGCCUUCUGCCCCGAGUGCAGCAGUGGAGCCACCACCAGAGAGUGGGAGACCUCUUCCAGAAGAUGGCGAGUCAGCUGGGAGUGUACCCCUUUGUGGACAAAUACGAGCGGGCAGUAGAGACAGCCGAGAAGUGCUGCCAAGCCAACGCACAGUUUGCAGAGAUAUCUGAGGGCUACAACUAG